CCCAGUCUUGGUAAUCAUCAAAUAAAACGGAGCAUUGCCCGGUCAUCUUUUGCACAUAGACUCUCGACGCAUUUCCUUCUAACAACCCGUGGAACUCAUCGUUUGGAGUUCUAUGGUAUUGAGAUCUUACGAUCGACCGUGCUCGAAUUUUGUAUCCCCUUUCUGGUUUGAAGGGUAACGCUCCAGCCCAUCAUCUUUAGUUGGGUGACUUGAUUCUUAUUUACAACGACUUACGACUAUACGCCAUAAUGACCAAGGACUGGAAUUCCGUUCGCGCGACGAUUAAAGAGCUUUCUGUUGACCAGAAGAAAAGCCUUGAAGAUGUGAAAGCAAUCAUGGAGAAGAAACAUAAAUUCCGAGCUUCAACGAGAGCAUAUCGGAUGAAGCUGAAAGAAUGGAAAUUCACGAGAUAUAAGAGGAGAGGUGGACGGGCCAUCUCAAUAGACGAUGACGCACCCACAGGAGAUGUAGACAGUGAUAUGGAUAGCGAUCUCACAAUGACACCUGCAGAACAGAUUGAGUCUGUGUUAGACGGGGCCGAGGACUUGAUUACCACCAUGGAUCCUGUCGUCCAAGCCGGCACCAUGACGACAAACAUUUUGAUGGACUUGCUCGAGUGUGUAUUAGAUGCCGAAUCAGAAAAGCUGGAAUCGCUUCUCAUGAACCGCCCGAAUUACGUCAAUUUACCCAUCGGUCUUCCUUUCGAGGCACUUGGCGGUCGCUUCUUCAACCACCCUGCCAUGAGGGAGUGCGUAAUUUUACAACAUGGCGGCCAGACACUGCUGGAUAUUGCGUGCGGACUGCCUCCAAGUGCCUGCUUAUGGGUUCUUAUGGGCCAACAGGCCAAAGGAUCUCGACAUCCACUCGGAACUGAUCUUGCUCUUCACAACGCCAUCAAAAACGGGAGAGCGUUUACAGUGAAAUCGCUGCUUCAGUACAACUCGAAUGUCAAUGGAUUUCCCGAGACGACCUGGAAGCCUCUAAUGCAGGCUGCCUUUUGGAAUAUGCCUGACAUCACCCGCAUUCUUUUGGACAAAGGCGCGAUAGUGGAUGGAACUGCUGCCCCUCUCGAUGGGAAGAACUUCAAAUCUGCCCUUCAGAUGGCCCUGGAGAAGCGAGUUGAUGGCUACUUCAAUCCAACAGUAAGAGAACGUAGUGCGAGAAAUGUGAAGAUGCUCCUUGAGGCAGGUGCCCAAAUUCAUGUUCCGCCCGCUGAGGUCACAAAAUCAGAUGGAUCCAAAGAGGCUCUGACAGCAUUUGAAGUUUUUCUGAAGCCUUGGCAACAUGACGCCUCCUGGAUAAAAAAUGUCGAUGCACUAGAGUUGGAUUGCCUGGAGGCUUUCAUUCGUAAAGGUGCUGACCUGCAAACUUCCUUUACCGCCUUUCCUUGCUCGGCCACGGCAAACAAUACUUUCGAACAUCAGGUGUUAUGGCAUUCGACACCGAAAAUAUCAAGACUGUUGGUAGAUUUUGCCACACCUAUCCCCGGUGCCAAUGGCUGCAAUCUACUACAUGAUCUCCUCGGUAGCUGCCCAGAAGCCAAGCGACAUCCGGCAGAUACAUUACGAGAUAUCGAAGUUCUUCUCAAGAAUGGUGCCGAUCCGAAUUUGGUCGAUGCGAAUGGCAUGACGCCUUUGCGGAAUUGCAUCGAUCACUGCCCAAGUGUAGAUGUGGUCGAGCGUCUACAAAUCCUUCUUUCUCGGGGCGCCGAUCCAGAAGCGAACGACCGCACCGGCAUCCAGCCCAUAGUCCGCGCUGCACGAACAUUCAGCGAGCCCAUCCUCUCCAAGAUCAUGGAUGAGAUGGUCAAGAAGUUUCGCGGCCGAUACCCACAGAACAUUAAUGGACAUUCGACAUGGACUCCGGGCUACUUCCCCAUGCCAACCAAUCCAACCUUUGAGGAAGUGCUCGGAUACACGUGCCAAAACGGUCAAUUCACUACCGAUCUCGACAACAUGCUCCCAGUCGACGUACAUAGAGUGUUCGGAACCGCUGCUUUCAAUCUCGCGAGCACCCGCUUCCUUGACAACAUGACGCGGCGCGACAGGAACGACUUCGGUACGCUGACUGCACUCGAGAGAGACCAGAUUGACCAUGUCGUCGCCUUGCGUCAAACAGGCGGUGUGCCAGAUUACAAAUUCAACCAAGACUUCGUCAUGGCUUUGUUGUCCAACAUCACGACUCGGAGAAUACCACAGCCAACCACAAACUUUACAUCCAUGUUCAUUAGUGGGCAGCUCCCUAUACCGCCUUCUGCGCCGCAUACCCCAAAUCCUAUCGCUUUAACUACAAGUUCCCACCCCCAAUCCGCGAAUCUAUCUCGCCGCCCGUCAGUCGCCAGUAACGAUUCCGGUUCAUCUCAAGGCUCUAUAGUACCCUCCACAACGACCAUUCGAUGGGUUGAUAUCGGUAGGGCGUCGAAACCGGGCGACCUCGAAGAGGCAAUGAGGAAUGUUUUGGAUCAUGAAUGUAAGAGUUGCAACAACGGGCUGAAGUUGACAAAGAAGGAGUUCGAGAAGCACGAAGAGGAGCACCUCCAUGCCAUUACUUGCUGCGAUGUCGAAUGUCAGAGGAGGUUUUGUGUUGCGGAGAGGGGGUGAGACAGAGAAUAUGAGAAGAGCCGUGAUGGGAAGUCAUGAUAUUAUCAUUCCGUCAAGUCCGGAGACGGCUUGUGCUAUGAAUCAUUCUCUCUAGAGAAAACCUAUAGUUGAUUCUAGCAUGCUGAUCAGCCGCCAAAGGCUCGAGAAGCAAGCAUUGAUCUAGCAGAAGUAUUCAGAGAACUACCACUCAACUCUGCACAAAUUA